CAACCCUUUUGCUAGCUGGCUGUCGGGGAGAGGUCCCCAGAUCCCUCUCGCAUUGCACGUGACCCCACUCACUCUCUCCUCAACUCCUCUCAAAACGCCCCCAUCGCUUUCUUUUCUUUCUUCUUCUCCUUCUUCUUCUUCCUUCAAACAACAAAACCCAAACAAAUCAAAUCUCUCUCUCUCUCUCUCUCUCUCUCUCUCUCUCGCGAUUCCACGGUUUCUAUAUUCAAAUCAUUUCAGAUUCAAACGCUUAUACACGCGAACUCAGAUUCCGAUUCAAAUGCUUCGAUCUGUUACCGGAACACGUGUUUGCAGGUGCCAAACCAAUGAAUAUGAUAUGUUGGAAAUGAAACAACUUGCACAGGGAGAUUUACUCUUACUUGUUUUACAGAUGAUUUGAACUGUGAUAGUCAUUGCUUCCUUAUGUUUUUAAGCGGCACUAUAAAAUGGAAGUGAUAACAUCAGUUCUGAAAUUUAUCUCGUGUGCUUGCUUUGGGGGAUAACUUUAGUUACUGUUUCAUUAGCGUCAUGGGAUUCAUAUGCAGGGAGCUAGGGCAAUUUUAACAUAUUUGUAACUUUUAUUUUUAUUUGGCGGUUUUGCCUGUUUUUGGAAGCGAAUACAUUGGUUUCACAUUAUUUAAUGAUUUUGAAUAUUUUCAUUCCUUUACAUUUCUGAUUUUAUUUUUCAUUUCAAUAUGCUAUAAUACCUUAUUAUUUUAUUAUGCAGGUUACAUGGCCUCCAGGCUGAAACAGUUUGAGCUACCGAAGUAUAUAUUUUUCAAUAAUUUGUAUUUUAAGAGCUUCCUUUAGCUUGAACAUGUUUCUUAUGGGUUGACAAGUGUGGCGAAAUGGUUUUUCAUUCCAAAUAUAUAAGAACAUGGAGGAGACACGAGAAGAUGCAGGGUCGACAGAGCAAGGGACAUCUAAUGUUAAUGUAUCAUGGUGGCCUUCAGAUUUUGUUAAAAAAUUUGGAUAUGUUGCUUUGGAUUCUCAAGAUGAGACAGUAAAUAUUAAAGAAUCAACUAGACACUCUGAUGAAAAUGUUUUGUCACCUUUGAGGGCAUCACAAAUUCUCUGGCGCACUGGAAUGCUUUCAGAACCAAUACCAAAUGGUUUUUAUUCAGUCAUUCCGGAGACAAGACUCAAGGAACUUUUUGAUAGUAUUCCUACAUUGGACGAGCUUCAUGCUUUGGGCGGAGAGGGUUAUAGGGCUGAUAUCAUUCUCGUGGAUCUAGAGAAAGAUAAAAAGCUAUCCAUGCUGAAGCAACUGAUUGUGACAUUAGUUAAAGGAUUAAACUCAAACCCUGCUGCAAUAGUUAAGAAGAUAGCUGGAUUGGUUUCUGAUUUUUAUAAGCGACCCAGUGUGGAAAGUCCAGCAAAAGCUGCAUUUGAUGAAAACUCUCACAUUUUUGAGAAUCGAGGAGUCCAGAUGCUAGGGCAAAUAAAGCAUGGUUCAUGUCGUCCUCGAGCUAUCUUAUUUAAAGUAUUAGCUGAUACUGUAGGUCUUGAAAGCACACUCAUGGUGGGCUUGCCAAAUGAUGGGGCUGUCGAAUGUGUAGAUUCAUACAAGCAUAUGUCUGUGAUAGUUGUAUUAAAUUCGGCCGAAAUGCUGGUUGACCUUAUGCGAUUUCCGGGUCAAUUGUUACCAAAAUCAACCAAGGCAGUUUUUAUGAGUCAUAUCUCUGCAGCAGGAGAGAGUGAUUCAGCAGAAAAUGAUUCUUGUGAUUCGCCGUUGGAACCAAACAGUCCUUUAUUUGGAGUUUCAGAGAGUGCUGAGAAGGAGGAAAACCUUCAAUUCCAUAGAAGAUUUGAAGCGUCUUCAAAUGUAACAGGCCUUUCCCUGAGAAAUAUGAUGUUACGAUCAAAUAGCAGUUCGAGUUUGUCUCAUAGUGAACCCAAUAUUACAACCGCAUUUGGUCGGCGUAGUCGGAGAAAGGCCAUUGCUGAACAGAGGACAGCUAGUUCAAGUCCAGAACAUCCAUCAUUUCGAGCACGUGCACGGUCCAUGCUUAGUGGUGAUAGGACAGAAUUUAGAGAUUUUCCUGAUGACCAGCCUACAUCAAGGUCCAGCUAUAGAUCAGAUGGUGCAUCCUCAUCAGAAACUCGUAGGAUACGACGAAGAAGCAUCAGCAUUACGCCAGAGAUUGGGGAUGAUAUCGUAAGGGCUGUACGCGCAAUGAAUGAAACACUAAAGCAAAACCGUCUUAUGAGAGAACGUGGGGAUGCAGAUCUUCAGAAAAAUUUGUCAACUUUCCAUCUUGAUGGUCAUGAUGAAAGGUCCACCAUAUAUUCUUUUCAGCGUGACCAAGUAACAUCACAAAAGGCAAUGUCAUUACCAUCUUCACCACAUGAUUAUAGAGGUCAAGCUUCUGAGCGAAGUGAGCUAUCAAGAUAUGGAGUUAAUGAUGAACUGGAGUCCACCUGGAAUAAAGUACUUGAAUCUCAAAUGUUUAAUAACAAACCUUUAUUGCCAUAUGAAGCAUGGAAUAUUGACUUCUCAGAAUUAACUGUUGGAACCCGUGUAGGGAUCGGCUUCUUUGGGGAAGUCUUCCGUGGCAUAUGGAAUGGCACAGAUGUUGCAAUCAAGGUUUUUCUAGAGCAAGAUUUAACUGCUGAAAACAUGGAAGAUUUUUGUAAUGAAAUAUCUAUUCUGAGCCGACUCCGACAUCCUAAUGUUAUCUUAUUUCUUGGUGCAUGCACAAAGCCUCCACGUUUAUCUAUGGUUACGGAAUAUAUGGAGAUGGGUUCAUUGUAUUACUUGAUACAUUUGAGCGGUCAGAAGAAAAAGCUCAGUUUGCGGAGACGACUGAAGAUGUUGCGUGACAUAUGCAAGGGUUUGAUGUGCAUACACCGUAUGAAGAUUGUUCACCGUGAUUUGAAAAGUGCAAACUGUCUAGUGAAUAAACAUUGGACCGUGAAAAUCUGUGAUUUUGGGCUUUCAAGAAUAAUGUUAGAUCCUCCAAUCAGAGAUUCUUCUUCAGCUGGAACUCCAGAAUGGAUGGCUCCUGAACUCAUCCGAAAUGAACCAUUCGAUGAAAAAUGUGAUAUCUUUAGCUUUGGGGUGAUGAUGUGGGAGCUGUGGACCUUGAACAGACCAUGGGAAGGCGUACCACCCGAGAGGGUGGUUUAUUCUGUUGCUCAUGAGGGUUCCAGAUUGGAGAUUCCUGAAGGCCCACUAGGCAGUCUGAUUUCAGAUUGUUGGGCAGAAUCACAUGAGCGACCAAGUUGUGAUGAGAUUCUCUCUCGUUUGGUGGACAUGGAAUACUCAUUAUGUUGACAUAAUCUUAUAUCUUUUUGUACAUAGAAAACUUUGGGUAGAGUUUUUACACUGUGUCAUCUAUCGGCUGAUGUUGUGGACUACUGUAAAUUUUGUUCUCAGAAUAUUUCGAAAUAUAAAUUAAUGCUGCUCUUGUUGUCUUGCCCCUGUGCUGCAAA